AUGCCCUAUCGCGACACACAUCGAUGUCCUCACGCGCUCCCAUGGGCCUACUGGGCCAUCUUUGGCCUCUACGAGCCCCUCCUCGCCGUCUCGGGCUUCCUCGGUGCGAUCGUGAAUCCCAAAAAGGCGCACGACAACCAGGCCCCUUGGCCCGCGGGCGUCGCGCCCCCCGAGCCGCUCACGGCCGCGACCCAGGUCACGAUCCUCCAGCUCGCGCACGUCGUCGGCCUGCUCGGGCUCAUCAACUUCUUCGUCCUCGGUGCCGCGCGCAAGUACCUCGGCGCGCACCCCGUCCUCCAGGAGAAGAUCGUCGGCGCGCUCCUCACCCCGCUCCUCCUCGCCGACGUCGUCCACAUCUCGAUCACCUGGUGGGCCCUCGGCGAGAGCCGCUGGCGCGUCGCCACCUGGAGUAGCCUCCUGUGGAUCACUUUCCUCACCGGGUUCAGCCUCCUUGUGCCCCGCGUCGCCUGGCACAUGGGCAUCGGCCGGUACGUGGACAGCAGGGACAGCGGCGGGAGAAGGGAGAUCAAGGCCGUUUGUUGA